AUGCAGAAAAUAGGUGCUGGCCUUCACAACUUGGGCAAUACAUGUUUCCUCAAUGCGACUCUUCAAUGUCUGUCAUACACUCCCCCUCUGGUGAACCAUCUUCUAAGUGAUGAACACACAGAUAGCUGUAAACAAGUUGGCUUUUGUAUGAUGUGCGAACUCCAGGUGCAUAUUAGACGUUGCUAUGAGAAUUCAGGUCAUGCCAUUAAGCCACAGUCCAUUCUACAGAAGUUAAAAGUGAUUGCCAAACACAUGCAUUUUGGGCGUCAGGAAGAUGCACAUGAAUUUCUUCGCUAUGUUGUGGAUGCACUUCAAAAAUCCUGCCUCAAUGGAUAUCUUAAGCAAAAUUAUGAUGGUACCAUCUUCUUUUACCUGUAUUUAAUCUAUUCUUUUAAAACUUCUUUCUUUUAUUCUUUUUCUAUUAUUUUUUUUUGUCCAGAAAAAUCUUUUAUUUGGUCUUUCUUUUUUCUUUUUUUAUUCUUAUUUUGUCAAAUUUAA